AUGGUGGGAGAGAAGGUAUUGCUUAGAGUUUUACCCAUGAAGGAUGUUUUGAGGUUCGUGAAAAAGGGAAAAUUUAGCCCUCGGUAUAUUGGUCCUUUUGAGGUACUUGAGAGGAUUGGACAGGUGUCCUACAAGCUUGCAUUACCACCUAGUCUAUCAGGUGUUCACCCAGUGUUUUAUAUUUCUAUGUCCCAGAAGUAUUAUGGUGAUCUGUCUCAUGUUUUGGACUUUAGCACGAGCCUCGACACUUCUAAGACCGGUGAAUAUGUCCCCUCUGGGGAAGCUUCUAAAGGAAACUCCAUGCAAGCACAGCCAGAAGUCCAAUCCCACCAAAUCCCCAAACAAUUCCCGAGGAGAUUUCAUUUGGUUGAUGAGUCCUCCUCCUCUGUGGGUUCAUCUAAGGGUAGUGAAGAUUUUGAACCCUCUUCCUCACAUGCUCCCACAACUCUAAUAAACAUAGAAUAUGAUGAUAAGGUCCCGGAUGAUGGGAGAUGGGGUGACAUAAUUGUGGGAGGUAUGGCUAGAUUAUGGAAGCCGAAGGAGUGGGUUGAUAGGUUUCUCAGUGAGAAGGCGUUUGAUGAACAAGUACUACACAGAUACGUAAGGUUUGAGGAGGUUGAAGCUAGGCAAUACUUGGAGAAGCUAGCCUUGGGUGAGGCAGUUCGCCCAUGGCUAGCUGAGAUACUUGCUAUUCUGGGGACAACACCUGUAUGGCUCACACCAGGAGUGCCAAUUGUCAGAGCCACCCUUAACUUUGAAGCAAAAGGGUGGCAAACACUCACUAUACUGAGGGUUUCCCAGACACUAUCCACUCUCAACAACUGGAUGCAGAUAGCUACCAUAAAGCUGACUGUCAUAUCCAGUGCAGUGGUAGCAAAGCCUCCAUCCCCAGCAGCAUUUUAG